ACACCAGAAUGUUAUGCUGAAUUAAUGAAAAGUUGUUGGGACCCUGAUCCUAAAAAAAGACCUUCUAUAAAAGAUAUUCGUUUGACUUUUGGUAGGUGGAUAUAUAGAAAAAUAAAUGAGGAAGAAUUUAGCCAAGCUGAAACAAAAAGAGCGAAAUUAA